CCUCCAUUUUCUUCCUGAAAAGCUCCUUGGAUUUUCAGAUGGGCCGGCCAUGUUGGGCUUGGCCCAUUAGCCCACUAUGUGUGGGCUGGUCCUCACAGUAUGAGCUGACGAUCUCACCCCACUCUGAUUGGCGCUCUUACGUGGAACAGCUUUGCUGAGAGCAGCGCUGACGAUCGGCGGCCAAACCUCCGAUUGAACAAUUCAACUUCCUCUGCAUCCAAAGAAGAAUUCAACGUCUUCACAGCAUAUCCUUCAAACUUUUGAAAGUGCUUCCAGCAUUAUCCAGGAGUCCCAACAACCACUAUAAAUGUAUGUAGGAGGUUCCGAGCCAAGGGCAGUAGAUCUCAUCAAGGAAGAAAGAAGAGGGAAAAAACCAUUUGUUCCCCCAACGCUUUAACCAUGGCUGCCGACAAGUCACCCGCCAUGACCCUUCCGCUGGCCGGCCGCGUGGCCAUCGUCACCGGCGCCUCCCGCGGCAUCGGCCGUGCCAUCGCCCUUCACCUCGCCUCCCUCGGCGCCCGCCUCGUCCUGAACUACUCGUCCAGCUCCUCGCAAGCCGACCUCCUCGCCGCCGAGCUCAAUUCUUCCUCCCCAUCUUCCCCUCCCUGCGCCGUCGCCGUCCGGGCCAACGUCUCCGACCCGGCGGAUGUCAAGUCGCUCUUCGACCGGGCCGAGUCCUUCUUCGGCACCCAAGCCCACAUCCUCGUCGCCUGCGCCGGGGUGCUCGACUCCAAGUUUCCGUCUCUCGCCGACACCACCGUCGAGGACUGGGACACCACCUUCGCCGUCAACGCCCGCGGCGCCUUCCUCUGCUGCCGGGAGGCAGCCAACCGACUCCAGCGGGGCGGCGGCGGGCGGAUCGUGACGGUGUCGUCGUCGCUGGUGGGGGCGCUGAGGCCGGGGUACGCGGCGUACACGGCGUCGAAGGCGGCGGUGGAGGCGAUGACGAGGAUCCUGGCGAAGGAGCUGAGGGGGACGGGGAUCACGGCCAACUGCGUGGCGCCGGGGCCGGUGGCGACGGAGCUCUUCUUAGCCGGGAAGAGCGAGGAGGACGUGCGGCGGGCCGCGGAGCUGAGCCCGCUGGGCCGGCUGGGGAAGCCGGAGGAGGUGGCAGGGUUGGUGGGUUUCCUGUGCACGGAUGCCGGGGAGUGGGUGAAUGCGCAGGUCGUCCGAGUGAACGGAGGCUACGUCUAAUUAAUAAUGGUUUGAGUCAUUUCAUUUGCUUGCAGUAUUGGCAGCAUUUUGUCGUGAGUUUGUUGGUACAACUUUGCCGGUGGAUUUCAUUUCUGUCAUUUCGAUUGGCGUGCAGUUUGCUUUUGGAAGCGGCUUAGGAGUUCUGAAUAAUGUCAUGGAAAUUUAUAAUUAUAUUAUAAUGACGGCUUUUGUUUAAUGGGA